AUGAUAGAGAAAGAAGUGACCAAUGUUACAAUUCAAAACGAAGAUCCUAAUUUUAUUUCCUCCAUUGUGUAUACAUCUGGAACUUCAGGAAAACCAAAAGGUGUUAUGUUAAGCAAUAAGAAUUUCUAUAAUAGUGUAAUACCAUUAUGUGAUCAUAAUAUAAUAAAAGAAUAUCAUAUCAAAACACACUUAUCUUAUUUACCGAUGUCUCAUGUAUAUGAAAGAAUUCUUGUUUUAACGGGAUUAUUAUUGGGUGUAAAAAUUAAUAUAUGGAGUAGAGAUAUUAAAUAUCUGAAUAGUGAUAUAUGUAAUUCUAAUAGUGAAAUAAUAUUUGGGGUACCUAAGGUUUUUAGUAGAAUGUAUACUAAUAUUAUGACAGAAGUAAAUAACUUAACAGGUUACAAGAAAUUUAUAGCAAAACAAGCUAUAAAUUUACGUAAAGGAAAUAAUGAUGGAGCUUUUAGUAAAGUUGUUGAAGGUAUUACAUCUGUAUCAAGUAAAAUUAAAGAUGUGAUUAAUCCGAAUAUGCGUGCUAUUGUAAAUGGUGGAGGAAAAUUAUGUCCAAAUAUUGCUAAUGAGUUAGGUGUUUUACUAAAUGUUAAAUAUUAUCAGGGGUAUGGUUUAACCGAGCUUACUGGUCCUGCUUUUAUUCAAGAUGUAGAAGAUGAUAACACUGAAAGUAUGGGAGUACCUAUUUCUCCUAGUACAAAAUAUAAAGUAAGAACAUGGGAAAUAUAUAAAGCAACUGAUACAUUACCAAAAGGAGAAUUAUUAAUUAAAAGUGAUUCUAUGUUUAGUGGAUACUUUUUAGAAAAGGAAUGUACACAAAAUUCCUUCACAAAUGAUGGUUAUUUUAAAACUGGAGAUAUAGUACAAAUUAAUGAUAAUGGUUCUGUAACAUUUUUAGAUAGAUCAAAGGGUUUGGUUAAAUUAUCACAAGGAGAAUACAUAGAAACUGAUAUGUUAAAUAAUCUGUAUUCACAAAUUCCAUUUGUUAAUUUUUGUGUCGUAUAUGGUGAUGAUUCUAUGGAUGGACCAUUGGGAAUAAUAUCUGUGGAUAAAUCUUUACUUUUUACAAGUUUAAAGAAUGAUAAUAUGUUAGAAAAAACUGGAAUUACUGAAAAGAAUUAUUCACAAAAAUUAAUUGAUGAAACAUUAAAUGAGAAUAUUUAUAUUGAUUAUGUAAAGAAGAAAAUGAUGGAGAUUUAUAAAAAAACUAAUUUAAAUAGAUAUAAUGUUAUUAAUGACAUAUAUUUAACAUCAAAACAAUGGGACACGAAUAAUUACCUUACUCCAACAUUAAAAAUAAAAAGAUUCAAUGUAUUUAAAGAUUUUUCUUUUUAUAUAGAUGUAGUUAAACAGAAAUAUGUAGAUAAAUUAAAAGGAAAUAAUAGUGGUAGUGUGAAUAAUGGAAAAAAAGACGAAAAAAAAGAAGAUAAAGAUUCAAAAAAAUUAUCAAAUGAGUCAAUUUCAAAAGGAAAUCAGAAUGAUAUGAGAAAACAUGAAAACGAUGUUGAAAAUAAAAAGGUCAAAUUAAGAGUUACAAAUAAUACGCAAGAACAAGAAAGGAAUAAAUAA